AUGGGUUCUGUUGAUCAGACAUAAUUUACAUUCAUUAAGAGACGCCACUUCUCAAAAAAGCGUAAAUAAGAAUCUAAACCACGAAAUUACACAUAUAUUACAUCUGAUGCCAAAAAAUUGUUUCUCUAGCUCUUUCUAUUUCAUAGCUACAAAAUCCAUGAUGUAAACAAUACCAAAUAAAUUAUUAUUUAGGCUGCUAACAAAGCUGGAAUCAAGUAUUCUUCUGCCAAAACUAUAUUAUUUGCACACCGUAAAUAAUACAAAUAAGAAUUGAUUAGAGAUAAAUUGGCUGCAGUAAAAUAUUCUUCGAAAUAUAGAAUUCUAUACAAACUAAGUGUUGUGGAUAUAAACUUAAAUAAUCUAAUUAAUCAGAUCCAAUAUAACUAAUAACUAGAGUUGGCAUGUGACACAACCAAUUUCAUGUUUGUAUAUAAAUAUAUAUGUGAAUAAAUUUAUUAAAUCAUAAUAAAAUUAAUUUUUAUCCGUUAAUUUAUGAAUAUAAGACAACCACUCCAAUCUUUUAACUCAAUUAAAACAUGUCAAGAGUAGUCCAAUAAAUCAAUAACUGAAAUCUAAACAUUCUUUAGGAAAUUGAUUGACUUUAAACUGAAAAUCUAAAACUUAAAAAUCAAAUAAAAUAACUUCCAUCUCUUACAAUCACUUUGGAUAUCAUGA